GGUUAGUAACCUACUAACAGUGUUGUUUGAAAAGUGUUAUUGUGUGCUUACGCAAAUAACGCAAGUGUAUUAGUUCCAACAGUGGUAGUGUGCGUAACUGUGAUGCAGACCGAAGGCUACGUUCCGAACCAAAAAAAAAAAAAAUCAGAUUGCGGCAAGUUUACUCCUAAUACUUUUCAAAUUAUGAUAGGGUAUUUAAUGUAGCUUCAAAAAGUGAAAAAUACUGUGGAGCUUUAGUAUAAAGCAAUGAAAACAGCCAACCAAGCGAGAGAGGCGGAUGAAAUGAGAGCAGAAACCAGAUGGAAGAAUCUGCCGAUUGUGAUUUUCCACUACAUGACACAGGAAGGGAGAAAAAGCAUCCAAGAAGAGGGGGAAAACUAAAGAGAACCCCCAGCUGUAACUACCAGACUCUUCCCAGGACAAAUCAGCCCCAGGGCACUCAACGUCCUCCAUCGAAAACAACUGGAAAAAGAACAGAUCCAAAGACAGCUGUCAGAGAAAGCCCUAAACAGGAGAACGGCUAUUCAACCCCUCCAGAAACUGCAGAGUUUGAUUUAAUUGUGUCAUCUCUCAGCAGGAGUGGCGGAAGAGAGGGAACACAAAUAAAAAAGGAACAUCUUAUUAAACCUGUCAGUGCCUUUAGUAGAAUGAACAGUGAAAUGAGAGAAUUGGCAGCUGUAAUAAGCAGGGAUAUAUAUUUGCACAAUCCAAAUGUGAGGUGGGAUGACAUUAUUGGACUUGAUGCAGGCAAGCGAUUAGUCAAAGAAGCUGUCUUGUAUCCUAUUAAGUACCCCCAGCUAUUUACAGGGAUUCUUUCUCCUUGGAAAGGGCUAUUGCUCGAUGGACCACAAGGCAAGUAGUCACCAUGUCUCUAGAGGUUAAUUAAUGCAAUACUACAAACUUUUAAAUGCACUACAUUAUCAUUUUAUAUUGGAACAGCCCAGGUCACACAUGGUAAAAGUAAUACACCUUUGUUUUUAUAGUAGUCUUAACCAGUGAGUUAAAGACUGAUAAUUCUGAAUCCUUCUAUUUAUAAUUAUUUAAAAAAGCACUUUAGGACCUGCAGCUAACCAUUUAAAUAUAACAUACUUCAUAAACCUACUGUAGAUAGAUUGUCUCAAUAUUUCAGCAUCUAUCAUUGUCAGCAAAUGGAGAGGGGAUUCAGAAAAGCUGAUUCGGGUAAGUUGUCUGGAAAUCCCUAGCAGUCCACAAACUGGCACUAGGCACCAUCGCUGCACAAGAACUGGAUGGAUAUGGGCACUGAAGAGACGAGUCAUGCCAGGCUGGGCAGUGGGUGGAAAGUUUACAUUACAGCUGUCUCUGCUCGUCCAGCUCUUAGGACUUUAGUCUACAGUGCUGCCAGUCCAACAAAAAAAAUUACAUUAUGAAUCAGAUUAUUUAAAGUGUAGUUUUCCACUCUUUGCUCAGGUUUUGUUUGAUCUUGCAAGGUACCACACCCCUUCUACUAUUUUCUUGGAUGAGUUGGAAUCAGUAAUGAGCCACAGAGAAACAGGCCCAGGGUAAGACCCUUCUGCAGUUGUGACAGUAAUACCAGAAAACAGGAACCAAGCAGUUCAUAUCCCAGAGUUAUCCAGUCAAUUUUGAUUAGCUUUGAUUUCCUGGCUACCUAGA